AUGGCAAAUUGGUCCCAAACAGCUAAAUGUACAGAAUCGGAUUGGAAUGAUGUGAAAAAAAUUUGUAAUGAUUUGAAAAUUCCUUGUGAAAGGGUUAACUUUGAAAAAGAAUACUGGAAUGAAGUUUUUCAACCGAUGGUUCAAAUGUAUGAAAAGGGUCUCACUCCAAAUCCAGACGUUGGGUGCAAUAAAUACGUAAAAUUUGGGAAAAUGAUUGAACAUCUUACCAAGAAAUUUCUGAAUAAUCAAAAAUGGUGGUUAGUGACGGGUCAUUAUGCUAGGAUAAUGAAGUGCCAAGCGGAUGGUGAAAAUCAUUUAUUGAGAGGAUAUUACAAGUCGAAAGAUCAAUCUUAUUAUUUAGCUAAUAUUCCAAAGACCGUUUUACUGAGAGUGUUGAUGCCCAUUGGUCAUUUAACUAAACCUAAUGUCAGAGAAUUAGCUAAAUCAUACAACCUUCAUACUGCCAAAAAACCGGAUUCUCAAGGUCUUUGCUUUGUAUCUCAAGAUGAGAACAAUUUUAGGGAUUUUCUAAAUGAAUAUAUCGCACCAAACCCUGGUAAUAUUAUAACAGAAGAUGGAAAAAUUUGGGGCCGGCAUCAGGGUUUAUGGCAUGCGACUAUAGGCCAGAAACUGGGUAUAUCAAUGCCCCAAGGUGAUCCAAGAUAUAAAGGAGUUUGGUUCGUUAGCGAGAAACGGUAUGAUACGAAUGAUUUGGUUAUUGUAAAAGGAAACAACAAUGAACGUUUAUUCAAGAAGGGCCUCAAAGUAAAAGAAUGGAGUUGGCUUAUAGAUGACAUUUCUACAAUUCCAGAAAAGUGUCAAAAUGGCAGAUUAAGUAUACAGUAUAGGUCGUUACAAGAGCCUGAAAUAGUUAAUUCAAUCAAAAUUGUGGAGAGUGAGGUAGAAAUAGAAUUGGUUAAAAAAGCGAGAGCCAUGGCACCUGGACAGAAUAUUGUAUUGUACGAGGGAAAUAGAGUUUUAGGAUCUGGAAUUUUAGCACAAACAUACUUGUAG